GUGAUGGCGGGCGGCAAGGGCGAGGACGGCCCCCUCGGCGACGUGUGGCGCAGCUGGGACGGCGGCCUGAGCUGGGAGGAGGUCGCAGCCAGCGCGCCUUGGGCGGCGAGGAGCGGGGCCGCGGCGGUGGCCGUGGGGCGAGAGGAGGCGGAGAUCCUGUUGCUGGGCGGCUUCGCCGCGCGCGACUACCUCGCGGACGUGUGGCUGUCCGCAGACGCCGGCCAGAGCUGGUCGCAGGUCUGCCCAGCGGCGCCCUGGGCGCCUCGCUACUGCCACGCCGCGGUCGCGGUGUCCUCGUCAUCUGGCCGGCCGGCGCAUGCCACAGCUUGGGUCAGACCUGGCUCUGAAGCGCGCGCGGGGGCAAAAAAAAGGGCCGCGCGCGCGAUGCGGGGAGCAAGGGGGGAUCUCAUCCUUCCCUUCUCGACCUGCCGACCCCAUCCGCCCUGUCUUCGUCUUUCUCCUCCUCUUUCUCCUCCUCCUCACGGCCCCCUUCUCCGCUGA